GAAAAAAGUUGCCCACCUCGACGCAUGAUUCGUUUGAGCCUUGCAAUAUUGCCUCUGCCAAAACGUCUGCAUUCUACUGUAGGACCUCUCGCCGCAGCACCAAGUCAUGCAAGGUUUGCUUUUCGACCCGUCCCCCUCCUCUUUUGCGUCCCUUUGACGAGAGAUGCCGGCCAAGAGAAAGACCGAUGGCGCCGGCGGUGCGCCUUCACAGGCCGCUAGAAAGACUGUCCCGAAGACUUCAGCAGUGCGCAAAGCACCUGCCAAAGAGGGGCCUCCUACGGACGAGUCUGCCGUGAAAGAAAAUCCUAAGACUGGAAGGCAAUCCCGCAAACCUCAUCAGCAUGCAGACAGCUUCGAUGCGGCGCUAGAGCCCUUCUACUACGACAAGUCCCUGACAGAUCCUAUCGAUACUGCUCGAGACAAAUGGAACCUGCUCCCUGCGUUCUUGAAGGUGAAGGGGCUGGUCAAGCAACAUGUGGACUCCUUCAAUCACUUCGUCGAUGUCGAGUUGAGAAAGAUCAUCAAUGCUGAGCCGAUCAUUACAAGUGACAUUGAUCCGAAAUUCUACAUCAAAUAUGAAGACAUCUACAUUGGAAAACCCUGCAGAGCUGACGAGAUGGAGAAGUUCCACAGAAAAGAGUUUAAGGAAUCGAGCGUCACCCCCAAUGAAUGUCGCUUGCGAGAUCUUACAUACGCAGCUCCAAUUCUGGUCGAUGUUCGAUUCACGAAGACAAAGGAUGCAUAUCGUACCAGAGGUGUGCCCAUCGGACGCUUGCCAGUGAUGUUGCGAAGUAACAAAUGCGUUCUUGCCAACAAGUCGGAGGCCGAGAUGUGCGCAAUGGAUGAAUGUCCCCUGGACCCUGGUGGCUAUUUCAUUGUCAACGGUACUGAGAAGGUCAUCCUGGUCCAGGAGCAGCUCAGCAAAAACCGAAUCAUUGUCGAGGCCGAUCCAAAGAAAGACCUGAUCACUGCCUCGGUUACUAGCUCCACCCACGCGAGAAAGUCGAAGAGCUAUAUUGUGCUCAGGAAAGACCUUUUGUACAUGAAGCACAAUAUUCUCAAGGAGGACAUACCCAUUUGCAUCUUGUUGAAAGCAAUGGGUGUUUCCUCAGAUCUGGACAUGAUGAAUAUCGUUGCCGGCCUCAACUCUACUCUUCGAGAAGACUUCUCAAUCAACUUUGAAGAAACGAUCAAGAAUCACAUCCAUACGCAACAACAGGCCCUCGAAUACAUCGGAGCACGUCUCAAGAUUACUGCAAAGUCGACCCCUUUUGGGCAAGCUCGCAGAAAUUUUGUCCAGGAAGCUGUCGAAGCCAUCAGUGCCGUGUUCAUUGCUCAUGUUCCAAUAGAAGAUCUCAACUUCAGACCCAAGGCCCUCUAUGUAGCCCAUAUGGCACGCCGUGCCCUGAUGGCGAAGCGAAAUCCGGCCCUAGUCGAUGACCGAGAUUACGUUGGUAACAAGCGGCUGGAGUUGGCGGGGCAAUUACUUUCUCUACUCUUUGAGGACUUGUUCAAAAAAUUCAAUUACGACGUCAAGCUGAAGAUCGACAAAGAAUUGAGGAAGCAAAAUAAGACCGCCUUGGUAGACCCUGUCAGGAUCAUGAUGGGAGCAUCAAACCAUAUCACUCAAGGCAUGAACAGAGCAAUCGCCACGGGCAACUGGAACUUGAAGCGGUUUCGCAUGGACAGAGCUGGUGUCACCCACCUGCUCAGUCGAUUGAGCUUCAUCGCCUCCCUCGGCAUGAUGACCCGAAUAUCGAGUCAAUUUGAGAAGACCCGCAAAGUCAGCGGCCCUAGGGCGCUCCAACCAUCAUCAUUUGGCAUGCUCUGUCCCGCCGAUACGCCUGAAGGUGAAGCCUGUGGUCUGGUCAAGAACUUAGCUUUAAUGACACACAUCACGACAGACGACGAAGAGGCACCGAUCAAACGGCUAAUCUUUAUGCUGGGCGCUGAAGAUAUAGUCACCGUGGGCGGAUCAGAGCUCUACGCCCCGGGGUCUUACCUCGUACUGUUGAACGGCACUCCUGUGGCCGCUACCCGACAGCCUUCACAUUUCCUAUCUUCGUUUCGCCGUCUGCGAAGAUCGGGACGAAUCUCCGAGUUCGUAUCAAUCUUCAUCAACCAUCACCACAACACAAUUCAAGUAGCAACGGAUGAAGGUCGGAUAUGCCGGCCUUUGAUUAUUGUUGAGGAUAAAAAAUCUAAGGUCACCAAACGGUACCUGAAAUCACUCCGUCAGGGCUCAAUGGACUUUGACGACUUUCUGGCACGCGGCCUCGUUGAGUACCUGGACGUUAACGAAGAAAAUGAUAGCAAUAUCGCUAUGUAUGAAUCCGACAUAAACGCAACGACCACUCACUUGGAAAUUGAACCUUUCACAAUUCUCGGGGCGGUUGCAGGGCUGAUUCCAUAUCCUCAUCACAACCAAUCGCCCCGCAACACUUAUCAAUGCGCCAUGGGCAAACAAGCUAUUGGUUUCAUUGCCAACAAUCAGUUCUUAAGGAUUGAUACCUUGCUUUAUCUCAUGGUCUACCCUCAGAAACCCCUGGUGAAGACAAGGACCAUCGAAUUGGUUAAGUACGACAAACUCCCUGCGGGUCAGAACGCGACGGUGGCUGUCAUGUCGUAUAGCGGUUACGAUAUCGAGGAUGCCCUCGUCCUCAACAAAGCAUCGGUUGACCGGGGAUUUGGCCGCUGCCAGGUUCUUCGCAAGUAUCCUGUCACGAUCAAGAAUUACCCGAAUGAGACGACUGAUAUGGUUUACCCUCCUUCUAAGAAUGCCGACGGUACAAUCGCCAAAGGUCAUGCUCUACUUGAUUCAGAUGGGGUCGCGUCUGUCGGUGAGAAAGUCAGUAGCGGAGAGAUCUACGUCAACAAGUUCAUACCUAGGAACGCCAACUCUUCGGGCCUGUCAGAGAAUGGAUCUGAUAGUCCUCGCACGUUUGGGAUGGAUCCACAACCACAGAAAUAUCGUCUUCCGGACCCCAGUUACAUUGACAAAGUUAUGGUGACCGAAGCCGAAGGUGGUCAUCAAAUUAUCAAGAUUCAGACACGGCAGACGAGGGUCCCAGAAGUCGGCGACAAGUUCUCUUCCAGACACGGGCAGAAAGGUGUCGUUGGAAUUAUCGCCGAGCAAGUCGACAUGCCAUUCUCAGAUCUUGGCAUCACGCCAGACAUUAUCAUGAACCCUCACGGUUUCCCCUCGCGAAUGACGGUUGGCAAAAUGUUGGAGCUCGUUUCUGGCAAAGCUGGUAUCCUCAAGGGCAAAUUCGAGUACGGUACCGCGUUUGGUGGGAGCAAGCUCGAAGACAUGUCCCGGGCUCUGAUUGAGGCGGGUUACAGUUAUGAUGGCAAGGAUUAUCUCACCUCUGGAAUCACUGGUGAACCUCUUCCUGCCUACGUCUUCACUGGGCCAAUCUACUAUCAGAAACUCAAACAUAUGGUGCAAGACAAGAUGCACAGUCGUUCUCGCGGCCCUCGGGCCAUUCUGACGCGUCAACCUACCGAAGGGCGUUCACGAGAUGGAGGUCUGCGACUGGGAGAAAUGGAGCGCGACUGUCUCAUCGCAUACGGCGCGUCACAGUUGCUCCGCGAGCGGCUGAUGUUGUCGAGCGAUCAGCAUCAGGUGGACGUCUGCGAAAACUGUGGCUUCAUGGCCUUUGCACGAUGGUGUCAGCGGUGCAGCAAAGCAGGCGAACCGGGCUCGAACGUGGUCAGAAUGACUCUGCCGUAUGCGUUCAAGCUCUUGCUCAACGAACUUGGCAGCAUGAACGUCAAUACAAGGUUGAUCGUGUCCGAUGAGUUUCCUUCCGACGGCUCGAGGCGGGCUUGAACAGGAAAAUGAACAACAAAAUGGAGAAGAAAGUGUAUGAUUUGGCAUGAAACAGGAUCCGACUUCACAAAAGAGUUGUUUGCGCACAUGCAUAGCGAUGGUGUCCCUCAUCAUGACCCAGGGCGGAUUUGAGGCCUGAACAAUGCAAAGGAUACUUUGCUGGAUGUCUCUUAUUCAUAUCCACACGCAGGGCAUCAGCGAUGGAGCGUAUUGUUUGGUUUGGAUUUUUCAAGACUUUUGCUUCUUAGAAUUAAUUCCCUGGUUGGCAUCCAUAUAUCUCCCCAGGGUGUGGAAUGAAAGGAUACGAUGUUCGAGUACAGAAGCCAGAAGCGACAGCUCAGAUAGAAACGAAUACCAACCACACAAUCAACUAUCUACGUAUCGCUUUCGCCGAUAGGAACACCACCGACCAAAUCUACUCAAUUUUUCAUAACGGCUGGUUC